AUGCCAUCGUCCGACGUUCAAUGCCGAUGGGGCAUCGUGGGCUGCGGCUCCGUCGCAGCGAGCUUCGUAGCCGAGCUCCAAUCUCGAGCCACGCCGGUCGCUUCAGGCAGCACGGUACAGCACAGCAUCGCCUGCGUAUCGUCGUCGAGCCAGACGACGUCGCGAGCCUUUGUCGAUGCCCAUAUCCAUCCCUCGGCUGGGAAAGACGUGGAGACAUUUGGGACCCUGAUGGAGCUCCUCGCCUUGCCGACCAUCGACGCCGUCUUUGUUGCCUCGCCGCAUGCAGCCCGGUUCCACCAUGCCUCGUCGGCCUUGCGCGCAGAGAGGGCCGUGCUGGUGCCCCGGCCGCUGGCGAUGAGCGCUGGUGAGGCACGCGAGCUCUGCGAGCUGGCCGGCAGGAGCAAGGGCAACUGGCUCGGCAUUGUCGCGCGGACGCCAUCGGACCAGCACUCGAUUGAAGGACAUCUCCUAUGGGCUGCCGACGAAUGCGCACGGGGAAGGGCCGCUGGCUCCGUAGAGUCGCCGCUGGUGCCCUGGUCGGAGAACAUUGCUGUCCUUGCGGCCCUCGACGAAGUGCGAAGGACAGGCGCCCUCGUCCUUCCGUCCGAAGAGGAGGAAGAGGAAGAGGAGGAAGCGGCUUCGUCGACGCCCUCGCAUCGCUUCUCCUCGACUGCGGUAAAGCCAGUAUCAAGGAGCAGAAGGAGCAGCAGCAGCAGCAGCAGUAAUAACGUCACUGCCGAUGGACAACCACGGGCCAGCUCACGAGCCAGCUUCUCGAGUGCCACGAGCGGAGGUGCCUGGGCCGACGCCGCCACGUCCAACAACAACAGCAACAACAAGACGAGCCUGCGGAGCCAGGUGCAGGAGCUGCAGCAUGUCCUGCGGCACAAGAACGCCCUCAUCCAGUCGCUCGAGCAAAAGGCCGGCAUCACGUCCGCCGGCAGCACCGCGUCGCCCAGGACCCGUGGCCGCCUGUCCCUUGAUUCAAAGGCGAUCAUCCCCUCGACGACUGUCACGCUCGCCAGCUCCUCGUCGUCGGGCCGAAGGAAGCGGACGACGUCGACGAGCUCGCUGGCCGCUGACGCGCAGGAAGAACCGCGGUCGCCCAGCCCAGGGCCCUCGGCGACGGGGCCUGUCCCGCGAAAGGGCGCUGCCGACCGGUCCUGGAUCCGAUCAUCGACGCCGACGGGCAGCAACGGACGAUCGACGACGCCUGACAAUGCGCUUCGCUCGCCCAUCAGCUCCGUCAACCAGCUCGGUCUCGCUACCGUCAAGGAGGGCAACCAGAGCAGCCUCGCCCUGGGCGGCGGCUUCUCGGCGCCCACCAUUGCCAGCGAGGGUCGGCGCGUGUCGGGAAGCGGUGCGGCGGCCGUGCCCAACGGUCUUGUCACGGGUGCCGCUUCCAAUACUACUGCAGCUGGUAGUGGUGGUAGUGGUGGCGCAGGCACAGGCACAGGCAAUGGCGCAGCUGUCGCCUCGCCCACGACGAGCAGCGCAGCCGCAGGAGGGACGAGCAAGGUGCUGAACCAGCUCACGGCUGAGCUGGCCGAGGUCAAGGCGACGCUCGAGGUGACAAAGGCGGGGCUCCGGACGGCGCAGCGUAACAGUACGACACUGCAGCGCACCCUCGAUGAAACAAAGGAUGCCCUGGGCCGGUCCCGGGCGGAAAACGAGGCGAGCGGGCAGAUGGUUGCGCGCAAGGAGCGACAGGUCCAGGAGGCCCUUGGCCGUGCCCGAAAGGCAGAGACGGAAGCCAAGGACCUGGGGAAAGCGUCGCGCGAGUGGGGCACCCGCGUGCGCCAGGUCGAGGCCGAGCUCGGCGAGGAGCGCGUCAGGAAGCAAAAGGCAGAGGCCCAGUACGAGGCCAUCAGCAACAGCUGGAAGACGACGAGGGAGCUGUGGGAGCGCGAGAUGGUGGAGCUGCGGAGCGCGAAUGGGAGCAAGGUCAAGGAGAAUGCCGCUGAUGCGAAAAAGAUGGCCGAUACGAUGAAGGAGGCCCUCGAGAGGAUGAGGCAGCGGCAGGAAGAGAGCGGUGGGCUCGAGGCUGUCCUGUUGAGGCUGGAAAGGGAGAGGGAAAGAGCGAUAAAGCAGGUCGAGGGACCCGUGGCGGAGCUCGUCAAGCUCUUGGAACAGAACGAGGCAGUGGUCAAGCGACAGGACGGUGCCGUCGAAGAGGUCCAGCAGGAGCUCAAGAGGAUCAUCCGCCUGAUGCGGUCCCCCGUGACGUGA